CCCCCCCCCCCCCCCCCUCUUCCUCUCUGUCUCUCUCUCUCUCUCUCUCACUCUCUCAUGGCGUCACUCUACUCUGCUUCCCUCUUAGACCCACCAGUUCCAUACCCAAAAUAGGAAGCCCCCGAGCCUCAUUAUAUUUACGGGCUUACCACCAAGACUGCGCCUUGUAAGCAACUGCGGAAACAAGCUGGGCAGAGUUGGAAGGCUGAUGGCUAUGGGGCUGUGCACCCAAACCGGUCCUAUAAGACCGUCUUGCCCAACUUAUCCCAUGUUUUCACGGUCUUGUUCCCGACCUUCUUCCACUUCUCGGUCCCUCUGUGCUUCCUCUAGAUCCCUGCGCACACUACGAAGAUGCACAUUCCGGAAUGACAAGAAUUAUCACACGGAAUCGUGUUGUUGGAGCCUCUUGCCACGUUCUAAUUCAAUAGCUAAGAUGGUCCUUGACUAUAGAGAUCAUGAAAAUUCUAAUGGAAGUCUCACACGGAAAAGAAUUGAUGCUAUCCGAAGGGUAGAUAAAGAAGGGGAGCAGGUUCAAAGUGGUUUUAUUGUACCACCAGCUCAAGAUGUUGGGGGAAGUAGUCCUGACAAACCCAGUGCUUUUGAUACCGUGUCUGAAAGUACUGUGCCUGGAUGCCAAUGGGCAAAAGAGGCAAAAAGGCUGAGAGUUAGAAGGGAACUUCUGCUUAAAAUGUUUAAAUAUGGUAGUUAUCUACCCCAUGAAACAAGUAGUCAAGAAAACAUAUUUUCUACAAAUGGUGGAAGGCAGAUUGUUGCACCUGACUUGGCUUCUGACCCAGCUUCUCCUGAACUAAAGUGUGGUGGAGACAGCAAAAUAGCCGUGAAAGAUAUGAAUGGUCUAAAACUUGACCAGUCAAGGCAAGGUCUAUGUUCAGUAGACAAUAUAAGAAAGGUUGCCCUGCCCAGUGCUGAUGCAUCAAGGAACUCGGAGGAAAUAAAACAAACAAGUUCUGGCUUUAACAAUGGUUUAAUCAAAACUGCCACCAGUGAACAGACAAAUCACCAGUCAGAUCUUCAUAAGAGGCUCAGUAGCAUCUAUGAUGAUGUUCUCGUUGUCAAUAAUGUCACCAUAGCAAAGGAGGUUGUCAGGGUGCUUACAAAUAAGUUUAGACAUCUGGUCCAUGCAUGCGAUACUGAGGUUGCAAAGAUAGAUGUGAAGCAAGAAACACCUGUUGAUCACGGGGAAAUCAUAUGCUUCAGUAUAUAUUCUGGACCAGAAGCGGAUUUUGGAAAUGGGAAGUCUUCUGUUUGGGUUGAUGUUCUUGAUGGUGGUGGUAGUGAUCUUUUGGUCGAGUUUUCCCCUUUCUUUGAAGACCCAACCAUAAAAAAGGUUUGGCACAACUAUAGCUUUGAUAACCAUGUUAUUGAGAACUACGGGAUUAAGCUUUCUGGUUUUCAUGCUGACACAAUGCAUAUGGCACGGCUGUGGGAUUCGUCACGACGAACUGAGGGUGGGUAUUCUCUUGAAGCACUUACUGGAAACAAAAGGGUUAUGUCUGGGUCUCCAUUUUGUGACGAAGAAGAGUUAUUUGGUAAAGUUUCAAUGAAAACCAUCUUUGGGAAGAGAAAGGUUAAAAAAGAUGGAUCAGAAGGCAAAAUGAUUUCCAUUUCUCCUGUUGAAGAGCUGCAAAGAGAAGAGCGGAAACCAUGGAUAUGUUAUUCUGUCUUAGAUGCAAAGAGCACACUAAAGCUUUAUGAGAGCUUGAAAAGCCAACUAUCAACUAUGCCAUGGAAACUUGACGGAAAACCAGUUUCUGGAAAAUCCAUGUAUGACUUCUAUGAGGAAUAUUGGCGACCAUUUGGUGAUCUAUUAGUUAAAAUGGAAACUGAAGGAAUACUGGUUGAUCGAGCAUAUCUUGCUGAGGUGGAAAAGAUAGCCAAAGCAGAACAAGAAGUUGCUGCUAAAAGAUUUCGCAACUGGGCAUCCAGAUAUUGUUCUGAUGCCAAAUACAUGAAUGUGGGAAGUGAUGCACAACUACGCCAGCUCUUUUUUGGUGGCAUUGCAAAUAGAAAGGAUUCUGAUGAGGUUCUUCCAAAUGAGAGGAUCUUCAAAAUACCUAAUGUUGAUAAAGUGAUUGAAGAUGGCAAGAAGAGCCCCACAAAAUUUCGGAAUAUUAGGCUGCGUAGCAUCCUUGGUUUUCCACUACCAGCUGAUAUGUUCACAGCAACUGGUUGGCCCUCAGUUAGUGGUGAUGCUUUGAAGACUCUGGCUGGAAAGGUUUCUGCAGAACAUGGUUUGAUGAACGAUGCUUGUGACUUGCAACUGGACGAAAACAUUGAAAAUGUCUCUGAAAAUGAAGUUUCAGAAAAAGAAAAUUCAACUAGUGGUAACGACAAAUCUGCUUAUGGAACAGCUUUUCUAGCUUUCAAAGAAGAGUGGGAGGGGAGGGAAGCUUGCCAUGCCAUUGCUGCUUUAUGUGAAGUUUGCUCCAUUGACUCGUUGAUAUCCAAUUUCAUACUCCCCUUGCAGGGAAGUAAUAUAUCAGGCAAGAAUGGGCGUAUUCAUUGUUCAUUGAAUAUCAAUACAGAAACUGGGCGCUUAUCAGCUAGGAGACCAAAUUUGCAGAAUCAGCCUGCCCUAGAGAAGGACCGGUAUAAGAUCCGGCAGGCAUUCAUAGCUGCACCUGGGAAUUCACUUAUUGUUGCAGAUUACGGGCAACUGGAACUUAGGAUUCUUGCACAUCUUGCUAGUUGUAAGAGCAUGCUGGAUGCCUUUAGAGCUGGUGGAGAUUUCCAUUCAAGGACUGCAAUGAAUAUGUACCCAUAUAUUCGUGAAGCUAUUGACAAAAAGCAAGUGCUUCUCGAGUGGCAUCCCCAACCUGGUGAAGAUAAACCCCCAGUUCCGCUAUUAAAGGAUGCCUUUGCUUCUGAAAGAAGGAAAGCGAAAAUGCUUAACUUUUCCAUUGCAUAUGGAAAGACUCCGGUGGGGCUUGCCCGAGAUUGGAAGGUUUCUGUUAAGGAAGCAAAGAAAACUGUUGAUCUGUGGUACAGUGAUAGACAAGAAGUGCUAACCUGGCAAGAAAAGCGUAAACAAGAGGCCCGUGAUCAACAGUUUGUAUGCACACUACUGGGACGUGCCCGCCGGUUCCCUUCAAUGGCCCGUGCUACCUCCUAUCAGAAAGGUCACAUUGAGCGAGCUGCUAUCAAUACUCCAGUGCAGGGUAGUGCUGCUGAUGUUGCCAUGUGUGCCAUGCUAGAAAUAUCAAAAAAUGCACGAUUGAAGGAGCUUGGGUGGAAGCUGCUUUUACAGGUUCAUGACGAAGUAAUUUUGGAAGGACCCACAGAGACAGCUGAGGUCGCAGAGGCCAUAGUUGUUGAGUGUAUGUCCAAACCCUUCAACGGCAAGAAUAUCCUUAAAGUUGACUUAUCUGUUGAUGCGAAGUGUGCUCAAAACUGGUAUUCUGCCAAGUAGCCUAUUGCAACAAAUGAGGCAGGAUUAUGGUACGAGGUUCUGUUGUCUGAUGAAGAUCUGUGCCAGCAACCUUGAGCAUUUUCUUUGCCAAUGAUGUAUUUGCUACUGACUUCCCAAGUUUUUUUCUCCAUUGGAAAUCGCGCUUCAUCAUAUACGGCAAAUGUAAAAUUUUCUGCCAAAUUUGAUGUUGCAGUAUUUCCAGUCUGACGAGGGGUUGACAAUGUAAAAAGUAGCUGUAACUUUGGUGGUCUUGCGAUUCUUGUGAAUGGGGUAGGGCCAGAGAGAAUCGUGCUUUGUGGCAAAUUCAGGGUUUCUGCUAAAGAAAUGAAAAUCUAAUGUGCACUUCGAUUCAA